AUGUCGGCUACUGCGUUUAUGGAGCUGGCGCUCGACCAGGCCAAGUUUGCGCUGGACAACCUUGAGGUUCCUGUAGGAUGUGUGAUUGUGGAGGACGGGAAGGUUAUUGCCUCUGGUAGCAACAGGACCAAUGCCACCCGGAAUGCUACAAGACAUGCUGAGAUGGAAGCAAUCGAUGUCCUUCUCCAGGAGUGGCAGAGUAUUGGCCUUGACCAGACACUGGUCGCGGAUAAGUUUGCAGGAUGUGACCUCUAUGUCACGUGCGAGCCAUGCAUAAUGUGUGCAUCAGCAUUGUCGAUACUAGGAGUCAGGGAAGUAUACUUUGGGUGUCCGAAUGAUAAAUUCGGGGGAUGUGGAUCAGUCAUGUCACUGCAUGAGAGCCUUUCGUCGGAUGACUUAACAGGGAGCCAAGAUACCAGAUCAAGAGGUUUUAAAUGUACUGGGGGGAUAAUGGCGGAAGAGGCAGUCGCUCUUUUUAGAAAUUUCUAUGAACAAGGAAACCCGAAUGGUUUGUUCUUUUACAUUCACAUUUCACAUAUUAUUCCACAAUUCCUGGCAUGGUUGCUUUAA